CUAGGAACAGUGGGUUAACUGCCUGUUCAGGGGCAGAAUGACACAUUUUUACCUUGUCAGCUCAGGGAUUCGGUUACUAGGCCAAUGCUCUAACCACGAGGCUACCAGCCACCCCAAUUAUGUGUUGUUAGCCAUGUGUCUUGGCCCUAUUUUUUUAUUUUUUUUUAUGUGGCCAUCGACAAUUUGUUGCCUAAUGGGAAGGUCCGCCCUGGAGGAAAGUAUUAGCUGUAUGAAGUAAAAGAGAACACAACAUCUGGUUGUUUUUAAAUUACUUCUUAUGACAUUGUUCGCCAGAAUAAAUUAUGGAAUGGAGAUUUUACCAAUCUGCGUUACCCACUCCAGUCAGCAGAUGGCGAUGGAAGGAUUUCAGGUGAUGUUUCUUGCGUGACGUAUAAUCUAGUGGACGGAAAGCUUCAACGGCAGUAAAACACUACUGAUUCAACCACUUCGGUAGCGCACAUUAAACCAGUCUUGUUUAUAUGAAUGUCAGUGUUUCUAAACAUCAUUCUGUUUUACGUAUUGACUAGUUGAAAAAAAAGAAGUUAUUUGCUUGGUAAAUGAAAUUGGCUAAUUUGUUCAAUUGUUAACGUUACUGCACUAGGCUAAACGCUAAUGCUAACUAUCUAGCUUGCUAACAUCGCGACCAUGUGCUCACUAAGCUAUUCGGAGAAAGAAGCUCUAGGGCUGAACAUCAUCGUAAAAGAAGAAGAGGAAGAAGCUUUAAGAAUAAAAAAUGAAGAAGAGGAGACUGUCACAUUAGAAGAAGAAGAGGUGGAUAUUACAGUGAAAGAAGAGAAAGAACCUUUUGGAGUAAAAGAGGAAGAGGAGGCUAUCUCAAUUAAAGAGGAGGAUGAGGAGGAGACUGAAGAUCCUGUUAACACCAGAGACAGACAUGACUAUGGUGGAUCCUCUGGGGAGCCUCAACAACAUCCUGAUGCUGACGAGGCAGAGAAGAGUCUCUCCAUAUCAGAACACCAGAUGGACAACGCUAGCCCUUCCUCCCUCCCGCAGUCCCCGUGUCAUUCCUCUCCCAGUAGCACCUUACUGCGAGAGGAGAAGAAGAAGAAAGGAUCAGUUUUGACACAUCAAAGAGAAAGACCAGACUCUGAGGAACCAGAGGAAGAAAUGUCCAAACCAGCAAGACCAUACCACUGCUCCCAGUGUGCAAAGAGUUUUACCCAGUUCGGGACCAUGAAAAGACACGAGAGGACACACACAGGUGAUAAACCUUACCACUGCUCCCAGUGUGGAAAGAGUUUUACUGAGAUGGGGUCCCUGAAAAAGCACAAGAGAAUACAUCCAGGAGAAAAGCCAUACCACUGCUCCCAGUGUGGAAAGAGUUUUAACCAGUCAAGGGACCUGAAAGAUCAUAAGAGAAUACAUACAGGAGAAAAGCGCCACCACUGUUCCCAGUGUGGAAAGAGUUUUACUCAGUUAGGGAGUCUGAAAAGUCAAUGUUCCUACUGUGGAAAGAGUUUUAGAGGAUCGGAAUAUCUGAAAUUACACGAGAGAAUACACACAGGAGAAAAGCCUUACCACUGUUCCCAGUGUGGAAUGAGUUUUAGGCAGUUAAGGGACCUCAAAGAUCAUAUGCAAAUGCACUCUGGAGAGAACUCUAGCACAUGUUCACAUUGUGGAAAGAGUUUUCUGAGUUUAAGAACUCUGAAAUUCCAUGAGCAUAUACACACAUACAAAAAGGAAAAGUACCAAUGUUCCUCGUGUGGAAAGUUGUUUACCCAGUUAGAAGCCCUGAUUAUGCAUGACAGGAAACACACAGGAGGGGAUAAGACCUACCACUGCUCCCAGUGUGGAAAAAGAUUUAAUUGGUUAAGGCAGCUGAAUAAGCAUGAAAGAAUACAUACACAGGAGGAGAAGACAUACCACUGCUCUCAGUGUGGAAAGACAUUUUCCCAGUUAGAGGACCUGAAAUCACAUGAGAGAAUAGAGAGGCUGUGUUCUGACUUGUGUUUCUGACUGAUCAUUUGUGUUCUUGUUUCAUGCCACGUGAAAUCAAAUUGUAUGAAACCAGAAAAAAAAGUUUUUACUUUUGUUGUUGUUUCAUUUAGAGACAUGAUCGUGUCUAAAUAUCAGAUUAAAUAUUUAAAAUGGUCUAUUUGGUUUUGAUGAGCUUUGAUUGAUUUGAUAAGUAUAAACCCUCUGUUGUUCAUCAUAUGAUUUUCUAUUUGUUAAGGGAUUUUUUUAUCAAUAAUGACUAAUUCUGUCUACAUUUCAAUCAGGACUGACCAAUCAGAAUACUAAUUCUGUAUACAUUUCAAUCAGGACUGACCAAUCAGAAUACUAAUGCUGUAUACAUUUCA